AAAUGUGCUUACCGCUGUUAAAAAUAUUCAUUUUAUAAGGCAGGAGGUAUAUCAAUUACCUAAUGUCAUCAGCCUCUACAGAAAAUUCGAAGUAUAGAUUUGAAGGAUAUGUGACACAAACUCUUGGAACUUGCAUAGCAUGAAGGAGCUGUUUAAUUUUCGCGCCUACUGCAAUGUUAGAAAAUCCGUGAGUGUUUCUGUAGAUUCUUUGAUUUGUACACGUAAAACGCACGCUGUGCGUGUGACGUGUUAGGGAGAUCAAAGAAAAGAACUUGUUUCGGUUGACAGUUCUAAACGCUCUUGACCGCUCACUGUCAUCGAAGUGGUUAUGACCGAAGAAGAAAUGAAGUUGGGACCUGUUCAGUCAGAAAACACCUGGCAAUGUCUUGUGAAAUAAGUAGUUUUAAUUCGUCGCAACCGAUAUCCUAUUAGUUCGGUGUUCCAGCAAUGGAAAAAUCAAUGCAUCCUGAUCCUGAAAGAGGACAGGAGCUGAAGGAAUGUAAACAACCUGGUCUGCUUGAUGCAGGUAAUUCAUUAUCUGCAGAAGAUGUUAAAGAAAAGACCAUAUUGAAAGAAAGCCUUAUUUCAAUGCCUGUGGAAAAGAAUGCAUUAGAGGAGGUGGAGCCUCAAACCCUUAUCCCUUCUUGUCUGGUGACUGUGAAAAUGGAAGUGGAGUCUGAAGAGGAGGAAAACAAAGAGGAUGUUGAAGAAGAAGAAGAAGAAGAGGAGGAGGAGGAUGACAACAAAUAUACUGAAGCAGAGGAAGCAGAAGAAGAAGCAGUAGAAGAAGCAGCAGAAGAAGAAGAAGAGGGUGAAGAGGAAGAGGAGGAGGAGAAGGAGGAAAAAGCAGCAGUUGAGGGUAAUCAAGAUGCCACUGAGCCAGUUGAAUUUGUUCGUGUAAAGGAAGAAAUCCUAGAAGAGAGCAAGGCAAAUGCAGAUCCAUUGGAUCUCACAACUAAAGGUGUCAACUCACCAGAAUGUACACCCUUUGUAAAUAAAGUAGGAAAAGGCUCAUAUUGUCCUCAUUGCAAAUUGCUGUUUGUGGAUGAUGAAUCUAUGGAGGUGCAUAUUAAGUCUUGCCAGCAAACCUUGAAAAACAAACGAUUUAAAUGUGAAACUUGUGGAGCUGCUGUUUCAAGUGCUGCAUCUUUGCGAAGACAUAAGCAGACUCACACAGGCAGACGUCCUCAUCAUUGUGAAAUGUGUGGUGCAUCCUUUAAGCGCCUUUCUCAUCUCCGAGACCACAAACUGAGCCACACCGGAGAGAAGAAACAUGUUUGCAGCACUUGUGGUGCGGCUUUCACUCAGUUAUCCAAUCUCCGAACCCAUGAGCGUCACCACGCUGGUGAGACAUCUCGACGAGUGCGGCGACUGUUUCGUUGUGAAAUUUGUGGUGCCGAAUUUGGAUAUAACUCUAGCCUCAAGAUGCAUCUCCUUAAUCACACUGGAGAACGGCCUUUUGAGUGCGACAUUUGUAAAGCAACCUUUAAACAGUUGCAGAGUUUGACUGUACAUAAGAGAAGACACACCGGUGAGCGACCUUUCCAAUGUGAUGUUUGUGGAUCAACUUUUGCUCAUCUCCAAGGCCUUCGUGUUCACAAAAGAAUCCACACAGGAGAAAGACCAUAUAAAUGCGAUGUUUGUGAAGCUGCCUUUACACAGCUGCACAGCCUAAGCACUCAUAAAAGGAGGCAUAAUGAUGUCCGACCAUACUCUUGUGACGUGUGUAAUGCAUCGUUUGUUACAAAGGACAAGAUGAGGUACCACAUACGAAUACACACUGGUGAGAAACCAUAUGCAUGCCCAAUUUGUGGGAAAGCAUUUACAACUGCAUCAGACUUGACAAGGCAUAAACGGAUUCAUGUUCCAAAGGUGAAUUCAGGAACUGUGAAUGAAAAUGUUGAGAACAUUAUAACUAGUGCUACUUCGGUACCAGUAACAAUUAAGAAAGAAAUUUCGUGAUUAUAUGAUGUAGAGCUACGAUAGUUUUGUUGUAGAUGUUUGUUAGUGUCAUCAGCAUGAAUCAUGAAGCUGAAACCUAUUUCCUUGGAGUUAUCCUUUUGGUGAGGCUGUGGUCUCACAAUAUAUUUGGUCUUCUGCAAAUGAUGAAGUUCAGGUCUUCAUGUUUGUUAUAAUUUGCUUUUCUUUUCUUUGCUUACUGAAAGCGACUAAGAAAGUAUAUGAAAUUUACUGAUAAAUGAAGCAGUUAUAUUAUUUUAAAAUAAAUGCUGAAAAUUGUCAGUAUGAGACCACAAGUUUUUGUAUUCUCCUGAAAACUUCAGCCAGAGAUUUUUGUAUUAAUGCUAGAAUAUCUGUGGUGGCAAUGAUGGUCAAGGGGCUUGGGCCACUGCCUAGUACUCGUUCCAACAAGGUUGUGGAUUCAAAUCCUAGGUUAUGUGUGGAUGCUUUCAGUUGAAUUGUGACAUAGUAUGCAGUACCAGUAUACCAUGCAACAUGCACCAGGAAAAUCUCUCUGCACCGAGCCAAUCGAGGGCCUCUUAUUAUACAUUGCAUUUAUGUUUGUAGCACCCAGAGCACUUGGAAACAAGUGAAGGGGACACCAUCUCCAGCAUCUGUUAUGAUUGUGGUGAGAAUAUACAAUUUACAUUUUCUUUUGCUACAAGCUGCAGCUCAUGCUACCAACGUAAUUUUUGUUGCUGUAGCACUCUCACUCACAGGGUGCCACUACAGAGAGACUUUCCUGGUGCACUGUAUCAUCUCUGCCCCAUUUCUGCUCCUAAUUCCUUUUCCACUCAGUAACUAAUGUGUGGGUAUACUACCUCCUGGCACAGCAAGCCUAGGGGUCAUUGUCACUAGAGCAACCUAGAAAUAACCUGCAACCUGUACUUGUAAUCCAGUUUAAGCAUGGAUGAGCUCACGAGCUAUGCUGGUCAGCAAAAACAUUGUUUUAUGUCUGUCGUGGGUUAUGAGCCACAACUGUCUGGGGAGACUAGUGAAAGUAAUGUGGUCUGUGCUUGAUUGAUGUUAAGGCUCGGGGGGGGGGAACAUCAUAUAGACCAGGCCUGGUCAACCUGUGAGCCAAAUGCGGCCUUCUGGGUAAUUUUAUAUUUCAAAAAUUCUCAUUGUAUACCUGCAAAAUAUAUUAGACUCAUGGUUUUAGAGGAUGUCACACAUUU